AUGGACCCGGGGCCCCGGAGUCCCGCGCCGCGGCUGGGGAGAGCAGGGUUGCAGGAGUCACCGCUGGCUAACGGACAUGGCCACGGCGGGCGGGACUUCCUCAGGAAGCAGAUGAGAGGGGAGCUGUUCUCGCCGCAGCAGAUCGAGACAUCAGAAUACUCGGCCAUGGCCUCACUAGCAGGCGGACUGGACGAGAUGAAGAACAGUUUGGCCAAUCAGAGCGCAGGGGCUGAGUUAGGAGCUAACGUGUCCGGUCCACAGUCCUACUCACUAGUUCCAGGUCGAGACCUUGCCAGCACAACUCUGCCAGGCUAUCCCCCUCAUGUCCCCCCCACUGGACAGGGCAGCUACUCCACCCCCUCCCUCACUGGAAUGGUACCUGGGGGAGAUUUUUCUGGAAGUCCAUAUUCCCACCCACAGUAUUCUACGUACAACGAAUCAUGGAGAUUUCCAAACCCCAGCCUAUUAGUGUUUCAACAAGAUUAUGGGUCUCUCCUGGGGACGGAGAUCGGCUGCUCGUCUAGUCUCUUCACCAGCCAGGCAGGACAGAUGCAAGGGUCACCGUACUAUUACAGUGCAACAUCGCGGGGGGCAGGCCCCGCUGCCACUGCAACAGCCUCUGCCUACGAUCGUCACUGACCCCUUCGGACGAGAGGAGAGGAGGUUGAAGAGCAGGAGAUAAGGGAAGAAAGAUAGCACCAGCACCGUUCAGUUAAAUCUUGCCUUUGUGCACUCUACAACAAGAAGAUUUUCAAAUCUUUUUAUUUUUUAUUAAUAAUUCUGAAACCAACACAC